GGUCUGGUUUACUCCAGACAUGGCCGAUAACACAUGUGCUACACUAACAACCUCUCAGGAGGAGCUUUAACUCGCGAAUUAAUCUGAUCUUCCUGGAGUUUCUGGGUUUCGGCGAUUGUUACUCGUGUUGAGUUAAAGGUUGAAGGAUAUACCGAGCGAACAUUUGCGGUUUAAACGUGUCAUUUCAACACAAUGCCUCACAGGAAGAAGAAAUCGUUCAUCAGUAAGAAGAACGCCGUGUCAUUCCACCUGGUGCACCGGAGUCAGAAAGACCCAUUGGCGGCUGAUGAGAAAGCGCCUCAGCAUGUCCUCUUACCUGCUGCUAAGUUGGAGGUGGAGAAGAGGAGGGAGGAGCAGAGGAAGUACGGUGUGUUUUUUGACGAUGAUUACGACUACCUGCAGCACCUCAGAGAGGCGUCUCAGCCUGCAGAGCUCGUCUCCUCCUCACGACCUCGGGGUUCUGGAGAAGAAGAGGAGGAAGUGGACGAGGAUGAGCAGGGCCAGGAAGAGGUCCUCACGAUUCCUGCUGCUUCCAUCAAGCUCCCGUCGUCUGUGUUCGCCUCCGAGUUCGAGGAAGAAGUGGGAUUGUUAAACAAAGCAGCUCCGAUAUCAGGCCCGAGGCUGGACAUGGACCCGGACAUCGUGGCUGCUCUGGAUGAAGACUUUGACUUCGACGACCCCGAGAACAUCCUGGAGGACGAUUUUAUUAUUAAAGCCAACGACGUCGUGUCAGGAGACAUCCACAUGGGUGAAGGUGAUGAUGAUGAUGAGUGGGAGGACACGGAUGAGGGAGAGAGUGGAGAAGAUGAUGAGGAGCGGAGCUACGACUCGGCCGGCGGCGUAUCAGACGAUGAAGUGGACAGAGGACAGUUCAUGUUCAUGGACUGUGAGACGAGGAGUCGAUUCACGGAGUACUCGCUCACGUCGUCUGUGAUGAGGAGGAACGAGCAGCUCACACUCCUCGAUGACCGCUUCGAGAAGUUCUAUGAGCAGUUUGACGAUGAUGAAAUCGGCGCUCUUGAUAACGCAGAGCUGGAAGGAUUCAUCGACCCGUCGAGUACGAGGCUGGAGGAGAUCAUCCAUGAUUACUUCAAGGAGAAGGAGAAAGAGGUCCAGAAGCCGGAGCAGCUCGGUCCUCCUGAACUGCCGUGUCUGAAGGAGGAAGAGGAGGAGGAAGAAGAGCAGGAAAUGGAGACACUGGUCAUCGAGGAGCCGCCCGAGGAGAAAUGGGACUGUGAGACCAUCAUCAGCACGUACUCCAACCUGUACAAUCGCCCCAAGCUGAUCGAAGACCCUCCCAAGCAGCAGAAGCAGAUUCGCGUGUCCAGUAAAACAGGGAUUCCUCUGGACGUACUGCCUCGGAGAGGACCGACGGCCAGGCAGGUGGAGCGCAUGGAGAGGAUCAACGACUCGGACCUGCCGCGAGUCUCCACACAGCCGCGCUGUCGAGAGGAGAGCAAAGAGGACCGCAAACUCAGGAAACAAGCCAUCAAAGAGGAGAGGAAGGAGCGACGCGUGGAGAAGAAGGCGAACAAGGUGGCGUUUAAGCAGGAGAAGCAGAAGCAGGAGAAGCAGAUGGUCAGCUUGAGGGCCAACGUACAGGGCAUGAAGCUGUCCUGAUCUCCGACCGGACGUCGUAACAGACGGGACUGAAAGCGUGUUCUCUGAUCAGAGGCGGAGGUUUUUCCCUUCGCUGAUCUAAAUAAAGAACAAAGACUGAGAUAGAAGGAUAUAUCUGACGCUCCUGGGCCUUUUUCUUUUUUUCUUUCUGAUUUGUUGGUUUUCUGAAGCGUGAAGUCUCUUUGAGUUACAUCUAAUCAGGGUCUCAUCUCUAGCUUCAUCCACUGAAAUCUUGAGUUAUAUCCAUAAUGACGGAUUACUCAUGAUCUGUUAUGAUGGGAACUCAUCUAAUGUUACUCCUUUGUCGAGUUUCCGAAAGGGUUUAUUGUUGAAAUAAUAAUAAACCUUGUUUGUUUUUUUUUUAAUCUCUGA